CCGAGUUCCCAAGUUUUCUGUCUUCCUCGGUUCCUAUAUUAUUCUUUUCUUGUUCCCAAGUUUCCCGGCGACCAAGGCCAAACCAGGUGGCGCGUGCAUUACAUAGCCCGUUUAUCUUGGAAGUUCUUUUUUAUCGUCAAAGAGCCUGACUUUAAUUUGAAAGGUGCGCUUACAUCGUCCCUGGUGCUGUUGCUCUUAUUUGGAAUCUUGUUUCUUGUUCUGGGUUAGGUUUGUAGGAGCAAGGAGAGUGGUGUGGAAUGUUUUACAAUCACAUGGCAAAAUUGAACCUUGAUCAGGAUGUUGUUCGUUGGGGGCUGCAUCAGCUGUUGGAUUGCACUCUUUCAAACGAUUGUUCUCGAAGUACUGUUACUGGAUACCAAUGGGACUCUAGUCAAGUGGAGUGCGUGAGUGAAGGUUAUGUUGAGCCUUGUAAUGUGGAGAAUGAUGAGGUUUUGGCUCGCGCUUUACAAGAGGAGUUAUCUAGACUUGCAAAGGAAGAGGCAGCCGGACUUUCUAGUUAUGGUGAUGCGCCUUUGCAAGUGUCGAUUCUUGCACAGGAUUGGCUCGUUCCUUCGAGCAGACACAGUGGUGCUGGGCUCGAAAACGUUCAGGAUGCUGUGAAUGAUUUUAGCAGUAAGAUGGACACCAAUGAAUAUUGUCAUCAAGAAAAUGAGGGGGAUGGUUUUAGGAGAAAUGGAAGCGGGGAAGCAUAUGAAAAUAGUGAAGGAGGGCACUUGAUGAAUGGGGAAUACAUGUCGCGUCCGAUGGACAUUACAGAUGAAUAUGCUCUUGAUGGUGAAGUAGGGAGAAGACUGAAUCAGAUGGUUCCUGUUCCGCAUAUCCCGAAAACAAAUGAGAAAAUACCCACAGUUGAUGAAGAGAUAUCAGAUCAUGAGAGGCUUAUUGAAAGACUAAAGUUGUAUGACUUGGUGGAGUGUAAGAUUGUGGGAGAUGGGAACUGUCAGUUUCGUGCUUUAUCAGAUCAACUAUACCGUUCUUCUGAAUACCACAGCCUUGUAAGAGAUCAAAUUAUUCAACAGCUUAAGAAUCACCCAGAGAUGUAUGAUGGUUAUGUUCCAAUGGGUUAUGUUGAUUACAUUAAAAAAAUGAGCAAGAGUGGUGAAUGGGGUGACCAUGUCACGUUGCAGGCUGCUGCAGAUUCGUAUGGUGUCAAGAUAUUUGUUAUCACUUCUUUCAAGGAUACAUGCUAUAUUGAGAUUCUUCCACAUGUUUCAAAUUCUAGUAGAGUUAUCUGCUUGAGCUUUUGGGCUGAGGUGCACUAUAAUUCUAUCUAUCCUGAAGGAGAACUUCCUCCGCCUAACUUACAGAAAAAGAAGCAUUGGUGGAACUUUUGAGCACAAAGUAAAUGAAAUGGUGGAACUGCGGAAGUGACGAACCCUUGUUUGACACAGACUCACUAUCUGUUUGAGGAGGUUUCAAUUGAAAUCUUCGGCUCCCAGGAUCAGAGGCUGAAAGCUGUUGCUCGUUCAACGUUAGGAAUUGGCUUAUCCAAUUGGACGUAGUUCCCUGAUUUGUCCUUUUUGCACAGAUAGCCGAUACCCUCACUGCUAAAGUUUCACGUACAGUAAAUAGUUUCCAUUCUUUGAUUUUUUGAGUUCUUUUACUUAUCUUACCUCUGAUUUAGAUCA